AUGCCUCCCUCCUCUUCAGAUCCGGGACUAAAUGUCAUCGCCCUGAUCUCCGGCGGCAAAGACUCGCUCUACUCCCUGCUACACUGUAUCCGCAACGGCCACCGAAUCGUGGCGCUGGCGAAUCUGUACCCAGAGGCAAAGAAGAAUCCAGAUUCCCAACAUGCUAGUGAGACCAAAGAAGAGGCGACAACCAAAGAGCAAGAAGAAGAGACGGAAGACAUCGACAGCUUCAUGUACCAAACAAUCGGCCACAGCGUCAUCCCGCUCUACGAACCCGCCCUGGGCAUCCCCCUCUAUCGGGCCCCAAUCACUGGCGAUGCGGUCGACACCGCCAGAAUCUACCGACACGACGCAGCAGACCAAGCAGCCGAGACGAGCAGCCUGCAAGACCAAGAAGAAGAUGAGACAGAAUCACUGGUUCCCCUUCUCCGGCGCAUAAAAGAAGCCCACCCAGAGGCCAACGCCGUCUCAGCCGGCGCCAUCCUCUCGACGUACCAGCGCACGCGUAUUGAAAACGUCGCUGCCCGUCUUGGUCUGGUGCCCCUGGCGUGGUUGUGGAUGUAUCCAUCUCUCCCGCCACCGACGGCACGCCAGACGGAUUCCAUGGCCGUGGUCGAAGCGGGUUUGUUGGAGGACAUGGCUGCUUGUGGAUGUGAAGCGCGCAUUAUCAAGGCUGCGUCGGGCGGACUGGAUGAUGGGUUUCUGUGGGGAGAUGUCUCAGGCGAACGCCCACUGCGCAGACGCAUCGUUAAGGCUAUGAGGCGCUUUGCGGCACCUGAGGAUCUUCGUGGCGCUGUCCUUGGUGAAGGGGGGGAAUAUGAGACGCUAGCACUCGAUGGGCCUGGUUUUCUAUGGAAACAGAGGAUUGAUAUUGUCUCCAGGGAGACUCGCACGGCGGAAGGUGGAGUGGCCUUUAUGAGUUUGAAAGGGGCGCGCUGUGUGCCUAAAGAUGUGGAACAAGAAGGAGCAUUCUCUCCGCAAGACGUGAGAAGACCGGAUUUGUUGGAUGCGCCAUUUGCUUCUUUGGCUUUGGAAGAUCUGUCGUCUCUACCGCUAUCAUCGCUAUCAGACUCUACUACAGAGACCAGUUUGACAACAGCAUGGUCUGGCUACGAGCCCAUUCAUCGGCAGACUGGCACGGCCUGGACAAUUUCGAAUCUGAUUGCGCCCGAGGCUGGUACCGGCGCUGGAGAACAGAUGAAGGGCAUCGCCGAUAAGAUUCACCAGGAAUUGAAGACAUCUCAUGUCCGAUCCACAGACGAUAUCGUGUUUACUACUGUGCUCCUCCGCUCCAUGUCCGACUUCGCCUCCAUGAAUAGUGUCUACGUGUCGCUGUUCAAGAAACCAAACCCUCCAGCACGGGUUACUGUAGCCUGCGGAGACCGACUACCAGCCAACGUCAAGGUGAUGGUCUCUCUUGUUGUGGACCUGGGUGCGCGGGACCAUCGGCAAGGUCUUCAUGUCCAGUCCCGGUCGUACUGGGCCCCGGCGAACAUCGGACCCUACUCACAAGCCAUGUCCGUUCCAGGACAAGGAGAAGGCAGGUUGGUUUACAUUGCUGGCCAGAUACCGCUAGAUCCUGCCUCGAUGGAGCUGGUAGCGCCAGAAGAGACUGAGAGUUACUAUCUACGGACCGUGUUGGCUCUCCAGCACCUCUGGAGGAUUGGAGAAGCCAUGCAGGUGGACUGGUGGACGGGCGCCGUGGCCUUCCUGGCUGGCAGUGAGCACGCGGAUGCUCGCGCUCAAGUGGCUUGGCAUCUAUGGGAGCAGAUGCAUGCUCGACCAGCAGAUGCUGAGGAUACGGAUGAGGACGAGGGACCGCAGCUGGAUAUCUGGGAUAUCAAGUACGGUCGCCGGGCAGAGGAGCUGGCUCCUCCGGAUUCGUCAUGGGCCUUGCCAAAAUUCAGCAUCCUCAAGGCCAACUCGGCCACAUCUGUCCCGCCAUUCCUGGCCGUCCAGGUUAAUGAGCUGCCCCGAGGCAGCGAUAUCGAAUGGCAAGGACUGGGCAGCCGAUGUCGACAAGCCGAGGUGACAACCCAAAAUGCAGGCUCUACAUUUAUGAAUGAGAGCUGCAAUUACUCCGUGAUCGAGAUCGAAUCGGAAUCGGCUUUGGACAUGGCCAAGACGCAGUGCCACACUCUGGUGCAGGCGACGCUGUAUACCACACAGAACAUCUCUGCUGGGUCGUGGCCGGGCCAGAUUGUGCCAUGUCGGUCUGUCUGGGGCCGAGGAGGAAGGAGAUUGGCUGCGGGAGUGGUCUUACAUCGGGAGAAAUCACUCGAGCGAUAG